AUGGCCACUCCCACCACCUAUUCAGUCCACGUCUCCUCGGAGACCCACAAGAUUGAGGCCUGGGUGGCGUCUGACGAAGCUCUGGCCAGGCAACUGCAGGAGGAGGAGAACGCGUGUGACGCUGCUGCGGACACCAGAGAAUUCGCCGGCAAUGUGUCCUUGGAGUCAUCGUCACCGGCUGUUGAGUACAGGCCUGCACAGAAUGCAGCUCAGGUUGCAGGGGAAGACAAUGUGGACCCAGAUAAUAUGUCAUACGAGCAACUACAAGCAUUAGGGGAAGCAGUAGGUACUCAGUCCAGAGGGUUAUCUGAUGAGCUGAUAUCUUAUUUGGAGCCAUUUAGGAACAAGUGCACCUUCUUCUCCAGGAAAAAGAACAGCGAGGAAUGUGUGAUCUGCAAAACAACAUAUAAAAGCCGGCAGAGGAUGAUAAAACUGCCCUGUAGCCACUGUUAUCACGCAGAUUGCAUAACUCGCUGGCUUAAGAUCAACAAGGAAUUAGUAGUUGCGUUCGACAAGAAAACAUUAGCAGUCUAUCGAAUAUCAUCCUUUUUUCCUACCUCAUGGAACAAGGAGAUGACAAAGAAGUGCUGGCAGAGACAAGGGGCCUCCAUGAGGCUCUGCCAGUUCUCGUAG